AUGAACUCCGGCGGCGGAGUAAGCGGUUUCAUUGCAACUUCUUUUCGCCACCAUUUUUCUCAUCACCUCCGUCGUCAUUUCUCUUCUCUGAACUUCCUUUCUUGCUACUUUACGACCACAGCAACAGACUUUAGUCGAUUACCGACCACCCAUCUUGCAGAACUACAAGGAGGAACAAUCAACAAUGAGAUCAUAAUCGAACACUUGAAAAUCUGCUCAAACUUGAGACAACUAGAAUCUAUUUACGCGUUCAUGGUCAAGAACAGCUACAAUCAAGAUUGUUUCAUGAUAAAUCAGUUCGUCUCAGCCUGUUCGACCUUUUCUCAAUCAGAUUACGCAAUCCAAGCCUAUACCCAGAUGGAGGAUCCCAAUGUAUUUGUGUAUAACGCUGUUAUCCGAGCUUGUGUGUCUUGUUUUGUCCCAAUUCAAUCUCUUCAAAUUUAUCUACAAAUGUUGAGAGCUCAAAUUUCUCCCACUAGCUAUACAUUUCCUUCCGUCAUCAAAUCCUGUGCUUUAAUCCAACAAUACAGAAUCGGGGAAGCUGUUAACGGACAGAUAUGGAAGUUCGGGUUCAAAUCACAUGUGUACGUCCAGACAGCAUUGAUCGAUUUCUAUUCAUGUUUUGGAAAGAUCUUGGAAUCCCACCAGGUAUUCGAUGAAAUGGUUGAACGAGACACUUUCGUCUGGACAUCCAUGAUUUCAGUACAUUCAAGAUCAGGAGACAUGGUUUCCGCUCAUAAACUGUUCGAUGAAAUGCCUGAAAGAACUUCUGCUUCUUGGAACUCUUUAAUCGAUGGAUACUCUAGAAUAAAAGACAUCAAAUCCGCAGAGUUUUUAUUCAACAACAUGCCAUUAAAAGACUUAAUCUCAUGGACCACUAUGAUAAAUUCCUACUCCCAAAACAAACUCUACCAAGAAUCAUUAUCAACCUUCAUCAACAUGACAAAACAUGGUAUCACCCCUGAUGAAGUCACCAUGGCAACUGUAAUCUCAGCCUGUGCUCACCUUGGAACACUUGAUAUCGGAAAGAAAAUCCAUCUUUAUAUUGCAAAAAACCGUUUUAAUCUUGAUGUUUACAUCGGGUCUUCUUUGAUUGACAUGUAUGCAAAAUGUGGCAACUUAGAUCAAUCACUCUUGGUGUUCUAUAAAUUACCCGAAAAGAAUCUUUUUUGUUGGAACUCAAUAAUCGAAGGGCUUGCAUCACAUGGGUACGCGAAAGAAUCGUUAAAAAUGUUUAGUCAAAUGAAAAAAGAGAAUAUAAAACCAAAUGGGAUUACUUUUAUAAGUGUUCUUAGUGCUUGUACUCAUGGAGGAUUAGUCAAAGAGGGGUGGAAAUGUUUUCAAAGCAUGAGUCAAGAUUUUCUAAUUCCUCCCGGAAUUGAACAUUACGGGUGUAUGGUUGAUUUGUUAUGCAAGGCUGGAAUGUUGGAAGAUGCAAUGGAAUUGAUAAAGGAGAUGGGAAUGGAACCGAAUGGUGUGAUUUGGGGUGCGGUUUUGGGAGGGUGUAAGAUUCAGAAGAACUUGGAAUUGGCGCGGGUUGCUGUUGAAAAGUUGAUGGUUUUAGAACCGGAUAAUAGUGGGUAUUAUAGUCUUUUUGUUAAUAUGUUGGCUGAAGAAAAUAGGUGGAGUGAGGUGGCUAGAAUUAGGUCAAGUAUGAAAGAGCUUAGGGUGGAAAAGAAGAUUCCGGGGUCGAGUUGGAUUGAGAUUGAGGGGAAGUUACAUCAGUUUUCGGCUUCUGAUAAGUAUCAUGAAUGUUCUAAGGAGAUUUACUUGUUGCUUGAUAGAGUAUGUGGGAAACAAGUACUUGAUGCAUGUGUACAUGAGUAUCCCUCUUUUCUUUGA